AUGCAUACCUCGCUCAAUCUCUUUGCCCAACGUAUAAGUAAGCUCAGUAUCAGAUCAUCUCUACACACUGACAGUACCCUCUCUGCCGAUGAAGCAUCCAAAAACCCUCCACCGCCAAUACCGUACGGAACUCCAAAGCCCAGAGUCGAUCGAUCUGUCAUCUCACUACCCGUUCCAGGCAGUUUUGUGGAUCUCUAUAAGAAUGACGGGUCACCAAGAGAAGUCCAAACCAACCAGUCUAGUAUAAUAGCCAGAAGGAAACAGUCGGAGAUUCCUCUCUCAUGCCAUCCUCCAUUUGAACAGUCUUGGAUCGAGGUUCAGCCACUCCGUCCCCACUCUGUCAAAACCAGAACUGAUCUUAGACCUGAUCAUCAGCACAGCAGUAUCAAUGACCAAGGACCGGCGGACAAUGAUGCGUACAACAAGCCGUCUCGAGCAACAUCUAGCCCAUACAACGGUAUCCUCCUGCCAUCGCCACCAUUGCCGCCAUCAGCGCCUAUCUCGAGAACUUCUGAACGCAGAAAGAUGCCAUACACUAAGUCUCCAAGAGCGAGACUCCCAGCUACAACUCUGAGCAACAACGUCGAACAGCCCAUGGCUCCACUAACACCACGCCACCAUAAAGACCUCAUCCGUUGUUUUACCGACUCACCACGUUCAUCCGGAGCUGGCACAACUCCAGAACAAUCCCCUUCUGUCGACAAUUCCCCUAAUCGCAACUCUAUCCCACUCCCAGCUACUCUUCGUGAUCGUUGGGCCAACAGAAAAUCUUCACACGUCAUCUUGGCCGAUACUUCACUCCAGCUCAAAGUCUUCUCUGAGCUUGGUGUCGAGCUUGACGAAGUCUUGAGCUUAUACACUCCACGAGAGAUGUCGUAUUUUGGGCGCUAA